UGAGAAUCGAGUUAUUGGAUGCUUUACUGCUCGGUCGAUAGAGAGGGGAUGUUCAUCGUCGUCAUAUAGAUCACACUCUUCUCUCUCAUCCGUUGCCAAUUGGAUCAAUAAAGCUUGGGCACUACUUUUAUUAUUUGUUUUUAGACUUUAUUUGAACACUUGUGUAAUCAAUUCAAACACUUCUGAACGGAAUAUAAUCAUAGACGGUUGAUUCCUGGAGUGUGUGUAAUAUUGUUACAAUAACUCCUUCAGUUUUGCUAAUCUUUGAGAGUUGGUGAUUGAUCAGAAACUCGGAUCAGCAUGGCAAAUGAAUCGAUGGCGAAAGAGCUGGGAUCGAGGAGGUUUUGGCAGGCGGUGUUGGCCGAAUUAGUAGGAAUGUUUUUCUUCAUUUUCAUCGGGAUCUCGUCGACUACCGCCUGGGCCCCACCCAUAAUCCCUAGCCAGGUUCAGAUCGCACUCGCUUUCGGCUUGUCCUUGGCGACGUUCGUUCACGCUACCGCCCACAUCAGUGGUGGGCAUCUUAACCCAGCGGUGUCGGUGGCUUUCUUGCUCCUCCACAGGAUCACACCCCUGCGAUGUCUGGCUUAUUCUAUUGCUCAAUGCCUCGGUGCCUUGGGCGCAGCCGGUAUGGUUUAUGCCAUCACUCCUACUGCUGUCUCCAACAACGUCGGGCCGACGACACCGGGUGCAGGAGUGGAAGACUGGCAGGCAUUCCUGAUGGAAGUAUGUCUCACCUUCCAGUUAGUUCUCGUCAUCUUCUCCACGGUGGAUGGUAAACGUGCUAGCCCAGGAGGGUCCGGUCCGCUCGCUAUCGGUAUUGCUGUUCUCGUUGCUCAUCUUGGAGCGAUUCAGUAUUCUGGAGCUAGUAUGAACCCUGCUAGGAGUCUUGGAUCGGCUGUCGUAGGCGGAGUAUGGAAUGCUCACUGGGUCUACUGGGCAGGACCAUUACUCGGUGGACUCCUCGGAGCAGUUACCUAUGACUACGUCCUCGAUCCUAACGUCAGUAUGGGUCGUCUUCGACGAUGCCCUACGUGCGAGUACGGCGAUGAGGACGACUAUACCACAUCGGACGAGAUGAAUCUCAAUGCUAUACCGACAGAAUCAAAAUAGAUGACGUCAUACCAACAAUUAUGACGUCAAUGAUAUCGAACGAACGGCGAUCUUGCCCCACCAAUCCAUUUUCGCAGAUAUUUCAUCAUUAUUAAAUAAGAUACAUAUCUUCUUUUCUUCACGUAUGCCAAACAGAAAAGAACAAAAUCUCAAUUGUUAAAAACAUAGAAUAAAAGAUUGAGCCGCAAAUUUUCCAAUGAAAAAAAAUAUAUGAUCAUUUUGAUGCGAUGUUGGAUACAGCUAAAUAUUAAAUCUUUGCUGUUUUCUCUGCUAUAAUCAACUAAUUUGGUGUACAUACAUUCAAUCUUUUUUUCUUUUCUUUUUCGAGAUGUAAUAGAGAUUGCAUACAAACGUGUUUGGUAAUGGUUAACUAAUAAUCAGUCAGAGGGUGGUAUAUGGGUGAGCACAAACCAAAAAACAGGAGAGCGUCUUGGCGUCUUCUUACAAGGAACAGGCAUAUAGUUAGAGUAAUGUAUAAUUCUAUAUCCUUAAUCGUAUAUUUUCUUGUUGACUAUUGUGUUCCGGAUGCCUGUAAGUAUAGUUAUCUCUUGAUUUUCAGAAAAUCAAGAUCUAUUUUUAGACACUUAGAUAUUUGAGGAACCUUGGAUAUACUAUUGUGGGCUUUGUGUAUAUCUCAUUAAAAAUGCAAAUCCUAUGCAACAGGAACCGAAAAUCAUCAUUCUAUCCAGUUUUAAUAUAAAGCAAAUAACUUCCAUCAGCCUAUGUUGAUGUCUGAAAUCCGUCAUUUAAUCUAAUUCUAAGUCAUUUACACAUGAAAAUGACUGAUUGUUGUGUGAUUUAGAAUCUAUAUCAUCAACAAAAUACUGUUUCAACCAUCAGUUUGCAUUUGCUUGUAUUUUUGUAAACAUUACCUUCCUUCCAUCAAAAGUGUAAAUAGUGUAUGCAUAUUAUAUAACAUAUAGGCGCACAUUUAUCCUGGCAUCUCUUAAGAGUUGUGUUUUAGCAUUAUUAGAGACAUUCAUAUUGUUUACUUGGUAAUAUUAACGACAUAUAUUUGUAUAUUACCCAAUUGAUGCUGACAUUAAAUAAUUAAACGUAUUUGAAACAUUUUGAUAACCAGUUAA